CAAGCAAUCCUGCUUCUCCUGUUCAUUUUUGCAAUCGAGAUCUAUCUUGAUCUGAACAUUCUAUCUUUUUGCAAAUUUGUUCUUGUCUGAUAACACGCAGGGACCUCAUACUCUUUUGUUUGAAUCUUUCAUUGCAUGAUCAACAUCGGGAAUACAGAAAAAAUCUGAAGAUGUCGAUGUCUCGAAUUGCCCUAAACGUGGAGAAGUGCAAAAAGGCGUGGGACCGGUUUCGGUUUCUGCUCGCACUGAUUUUCGCCGCCCUUUGGGCGUCCAUUGGACUCUUUUGCUACGGCUACCUGACGCCCGUCACCGUCCGACUCGCAGCGGGGGGUGGUCGACACGGUAGUAGUCCGAACUACGACCAUGCUUCGAGUACAACGUCUACGGCCAGAACUUCGCAAGGGCAUGCGACCGUACGUGCGGAAGUAGGUGCUUUGUCUGAGCAAACAUUUACCCAGUCGCAGUCUUCAACUUCAGGGUCGUCUAGUACCCGAGGAAGAGGAGCAGGUGCUGGUAGAUCUAUUGCUUCCCCGCAGCUGGCGGUUCCAGGAGAGUCAGCCGGCACCAGCUCCAUGAUCGACAAUCGUGUUGCAGUAACAUCACCAUCAGAAGUACAAUCAAAUUUUGCCUCCAUUCACUAUCACCCUUGGCUGUCCCGGCAAGCUCAGCCGGACCGCAAUGCAGACGGGAUUUUCGUGAUGCUCGGUCCCACGUUUCUACUCGUCAGCUGGUUUUUCGUCAAAUUUUGCUAUUUCCAGUACCACGACCUACCGGCACGUGGGGUCCUCAUUUCCCUCGUGCUCCUCGGUUUCGUGCUCGUCAUCUAUUGGACCGCGCUGAUCCAAAUUCACGUGAACCUUCGGGUGCAUGCGGAGAAAUACGGACAAGAGGUCUCAACGGUAAUUGCGGAAAGAAUAGCGAGCGCGCAGUUGCACUGGCAGCAGGUUGUAGCGCCUGCUCUGUCGGUGCUUGUUUCUUUUGCGACAAAUAGUACUGGUGCCACUGACGGAGCUACUACAGGUGGUGAAGUACUAGUAGAUUCUACUGCGUCAACCGAACUUGGGCCUUCGUCGGUUGGCGCAAUUAUAUCAACGUCCGCGAGGACGAUGGCGACCGCGGCAGACCCAGGACGAGGAGCCCAGCACUCCACGUCCCGUACAACUAACGGCGCGCUUUUUGGCAUGGGCUUGGACUGUGUCAUGAUCCCGGAGAGGUGUACUAGCGCCGGCGGGGUAGCUGCCGCAUUUGUUCCCUCUACUUCUCGGAGCGAUUUUCAGGAUCGACUACAGGAAGCUUUAUCCUGCUGUCGUGCGAGUGGAGAGCACGAAGAUCUGGCUUCGGGUACUAGAAGUUCCACUGCGGAUCUUCAUGUAGGAACACAACCAGGACAAGAACCCGACAGCGAGAGCCCAGGGGCCGCCGACAGGGCUUUAUUGCCAGGAUCUUCGGAGAUAGAAGCGGCUGGAGCCUGCGUCACCCCACCGCCAGCCGCUCCGGCUAGAACGAAGUCGCCUGUUUUGGUGCUGCGCAGCCACGAGGAACCACCUAGAACAAGGCAAAGUAGAAGUAGAACAAUGUCUACUAGUAGUACUACAACUUCUGACGUGAGGACCACCUCCAGCAGCAUCAGUCAAAAUCCUUCACUCCAGAACCAGCAGCUCCAUUGCAAGAUCGAAAAGAUUCUCUUCUGGUUGCAACUGCUACUUCUACUUUUACUUUUCGUCGCCCUCCCCGUUCUCGCCUACCAGUACGAAAACCAGGUGGAAAAAAUCCUGCAAGAGACGGGGAUGACGAGGGAAUACUUGAAACUGAACAGCCGGUACAACACGCUUCUCAAGUUUGACGCUUUGGGCCUCCAGGACGAAGAGGACCGGCCGCGCUGUCCCCAGGCGCUCGCGGACCAGUUUGUGAGCAACGAAAUGCGGUACCGGAAGCACGGGCCGGUGUCGAACAAGACCCGGGCGCGGCCGGACGAUUGGAAUGGGAAUCAAAGACACGUGGACGACCAUGAAGUGCGUCGAAUCGUGGAUUUUUGGAACGAAAGAAGGGAGGAGGAGAUCAUGGACCGGGAAGGGAUAGGGGGUUGGGAUGAAGAACUUGACGAACUGGAAGAUGUGGUAGCUCCAGUUGUGAACAACAAGUUCGAUAAUUAAACCCGAGCCGGUGCCGUGACUGGUUCUUGACACGACCAGGUGUCAAAAUCUACUUGUUCCCGUCUGGGAUUAUUUUUACAGCAUUUAAGAAAAAAUUCAAAUGAACGUAGUGAAAAUACUAAUCUGAUCGCUGCCUGUGUGGAGCUCGCCCAGUCUGCCGCUAUGACUAUCGAUGGCACGAUGUGUCGGCACACCUAGAACUCAAACUUUGUCGCAACGAAAUGUACGAUCAGCUGUUUAGCAAGAACCUGCUGUACGUGCAGUAGCACACGUCACGAACCUUCAGAAACUUAUAGUAUUCGCCGAAACAAUAACAACCGAUAAAGUUAUAAGUCGAAAAUAGAAGACCGAUGAAUUUUGUUCGAAACAGACUC